GCCCCACGUAACGCUGACGCCCGCGCCGCCGGCCCGCCGCCCGCCGCCGCCGCCGCCGCCGCCGCCCGCUCCGCCGCCGCCCGCCCGGGGCUCCUCUUCAGCACCUGUUGCCUUCACUAGCAGCUUUUCCUCCUCCUCUUCCCUGCACUCCCCAGAACCAAAGAAUGUGAAGGGGGUCCAUGGAGGGUUCACGUCCCCGCGCCCCGGGCGGCCACCUAGCGCCGUCGCCACCGGCCUUCGACGGCGAACUGGAUCUGCAGCGCUAUUCCAACGGGCCAGGCGUGAGCUCCGGGUCUCCGGGGAUGGGAGCAGUGGGCUGGUCUGAGAGUCGCGCGGGCGAACGGCGAUUUCCCUGCCCUGUAUGCGGGAAGCGCUUCCGAUUCAACUCUAUCCUGGCUUUGCACCUGCGGGCGCACCCAGGCGCCCAGGCCUUCCAGUGCCCGCAUUGCGGGCACCGCGCGGCGCAGCGGGCCCUGCUGCGCUCGCACUUGCGCACGCACCAGCCCGAGCGUCCGCGUAGCCCCGCCGCUCGCCUGUUGCUGGAGUUGGAGGAGCGGGCGCUACUGCGGGAGGCCCGGCUGGGGAGACCCCGAAGCUCAGGGGGCCUGCAGGCCACCCCUGCCACUGAGGCCCUGGGGCGGCCCCAGGCUCCUUCAUCGUCCGCCUUCCGUUGCCCCUUCUGCAAGGGCAAGUUUCGCACCGCGGCGGAGCGCGAACGCCACCUGCACAUACUGCACAGGCCCUGGAAGUGCGGCCUGUGCAGUUUCGGCUCCAGCCAGGAGGAGGAGCUGCUGCACCAUAGCCUGACGGCCCACGGAGCUCCUGAUCGCCCCCUGGCGGCCACCUCGGCUGCGCCCCAGCUUCAGCCUCCACCCCAGCCUGAACCUAGAUGCGUCCCGGAGCCCGACCCGGAGCCAGAACGUGAGGCAACACCCGCCCCUGCUCCUGCUGCUCCCGAGGAGCCCCCAGCGCCUCCGGAGUUCCGCUGUCAAGUGUGCGGCCAGAGCUUUACGCAGUCCUGGUUUCUCAAGGGCCACAUGCGCAAGCACAAGGCCUCCUUCGAUCAUGCGUGUCCUGUGUGUGGCCGCUGCUUCAAGGAGCCCUGGUUCCUUAAGAACCACAUGAAGGUGCACGCAAGCAAGUUGGGCCCACUGCGUGCCCCGGGGCCUGGUUCUGGGCCUGCCCGGGCCCCCCAGCCUCCUGACCUGGGCCUGCUGGCCUAUGAGCCUCUGGGCCCUGCGCUCCUCUUGGCCCCAGCGCCCACACCGGCUGAGCGCCGCGAGCCUCCAAGCCUCCUGGGCUACCUGAGUCUGCGAGCCGGUGAGGCCCGGCCAAAUGGUGAGGGCGCUGAGCCUGGGGCUGGCCGCAGCUUUGGAGGUUUCCGCCCACUUCCCUCUGCUCUCCCGGCCCGGGCUCGCCGGCACCGCACUGAGGAGCCAGAAGAGGAAGAGGAGAUGGUGGAGACAGAGGAAGAGACCUGGGCCCGGAGCAGGGCGCUGGGUCCUCUGGCCUCACUGCCUCCGCGCCCAGGUGAGGGCUCAGGGCACAAUGCGCCUGCUGCGGGGGCCCAGGCAAGGUCCACGACCACGCAGGAAGAGAAUGGGCUGUUAGUUGGAGGGACCCGGCCUGAAGGAGGCCGAGGGGCCACCGGCAAGGAUUGCCCGUUCUGCGGAAAAUCCUUCCGCUCAGCGCAUCACCUCAAAGUGCACCUGCGAGUGCACACAGGCGAGCGCCCCUACAAGUGUCCACACUGCGACUAUGCGGGCACCCAAUCCGGCUCGCUCAAGUACCACCUGCAGCGUCACCACCGGGAGCAGAAGAGCGGGGCCGGCCCUGGGCCGCCCCCCGAGCCGCCGCCCUCCUCCCAGCGGGGUUCGGCCCAGUCGUCGGGACCUAAGCCGGCUUCGCAGCCUGCGACCUGGGUGGAGGGCACGGCGAGUCCCCGGCCUCCAUCAAGAGGCGCCGCGCCGGGGUCCCGUCGGAAGCCCACUAGCCCUGGGAGGACCCUGCGCAACGGGCGAGGCGGUGAGGCCGAACCCCUGGACCUGUCCCUGCGGGCAGGGCCGGGAGGCGAGGCUGGGCCGGGGGGUGCCCUCCACCGAUGCCUCUUCUGCCCUUUCGCCACUGGAGCCCCUGAGCUCAUGGCCUUGCACCUGCAAGUACACCACAGCCGCCGGGCUCGAGGCCGCAGGCCUCCCCAGGCCGAUGCAUCCCCGCCCUAUGCCCGACCACCGUCAGGGGAAACCCCUCCUAGUCCUCCGCAGGAAGGGGAAGAGGGCCCUGGGCUGUUGAGAUCUGGAGAGGCUGGCCUAGGGGGACAAGAAAGGUAGGGAGCCCUCUUAGGGGCCAUUAGCUUAGUGAGUUUACCCCGCAGGAGCGGGGGAGCGCUAGAGGUAGUUGGGUAGAGCAGCCAGCAGGGGGCAGCGUGGGACCCAUAUCCCAGCCCCAGGCGGACCAGAGGUGGAGGGGGGCCCGAGGGCGUUAGGAGGGUGGGCGGGCCGUACCCACCCAGCCCAGGGGAGAGUCACAGUGCCUUAGAAGUGGCAGGGGUGAGGAUCAAAGAACGGGGUCCCAGGGCUGGCAGAGAGGAGUGUUCCUGUUGAGGGGCAGCUCUGCCAGUCUUUGCUGGUCCAUAGGCGUGAGAGUUUAUUUUUGUACAAUGGGUGGGGGUGGGGGGCGCUGUACCCUUCUGGCCCCUUCAGGGGCCCUGUAGACGUUGCUAUUUUUGGUACGAUUCCUGUCAUCCCUGUCGCAGAGUUGUGUCCCCAAUAAACAGGUGUCUUGAGGCACAGGG